AUGGCGCCAUACGUGGAGGAGUCGAACGAGGCGUACCUUGAGGCGCCUUCCAAGCGAGCACCGAACCUGGUGGCUCCAGAACCAGAACACUGCCCUGGACCCGAAUCCGAGAAAGCUGGACAAGGCGAUGCUUGUGCCGGCUGUCCGAAUCAACAAAUCUGUGCCACCGCGCCUAAAGGCCCAGAUCCCGAUAUCCCGAUCAUAACUGAACGACUGUCGCAAAUAAAACACAAGAUCCUAGUCCUCUCCGGCAAAGGAGGAGUGGGGAAGUCGACAUUCACAAGCCUCCUGGCACAUGGCUUCGCUACGAACCCAGACUCUACCGUUGGCAUUAUGGACACCGAUAUUUGCGGACCCUCAAUCCCCAAGAUGAUGGGCGUCGAGGCGGAGACCAUUCAUGUGAGCAACGCGGGCUGGAGUCCCGUAUGGGUGACGGAUAACUUGGGCGCCAUGAGUGUACAAUUCAUGCUGCCCAACCGCGACGACGCAGUGAUCUGGCGUGGACCAAAGAAGAACGGGCUGAUCAAACAGUUCCUCAAGGACGUGGACUGGGGCGAACUGGACUUCCUGCUUGUGGACACACCCCCGGGCACGAGUGAUGAACAUCUCUCGGUCAAUUCUCUUCUCAAGGAAUCCGGUGUUGACGGUGCUGUUGUCGUGACUACCCCACAAGAGGUUUCGCUUCUCGACGUGCGCAAGGAGAUCGAUUUCUGCCGCAAGGCUGGUAUCCGCAUUCUUGGACUUGUCGAGAACAUGUCUGGCUUCGUCUGCCCGAAUUGCACGCACGAGUCUCAGAUCUUCCGCGCUACUACCGGCGGUGGACGCCGCCUGGCGAAGAAGAUGGGAAUUCCAUUUCUCGGGGCGGUACCUCUGGACCCUCGCGUCGGCAUGGCAUGCGAUUAUGGUGAGAGCUUUGUGGAGAACUUCCCUGAUAGUCCUGCUUCCAAGGCGAUCAAGCGUGUUGUUCGAGCAGUUGGCGAAGCUGUGGGUGAGAACCCGGAAGAUGUUCUCCCCGAGGAAAUGGUUGGUUGA